UUUUCCGCCUUUUUUAAUUAUUUAUUUCCGUGUAAACUGCAGUCUUCACAUAAAAACAUUCAUGGUCAAUAACUCCAGAGCGCCUGACUGCACCACGGGGCCGUAGAAGAGCCGUUUGGGAACCGGGAAUCGGUCUGAAACCCACCCGAGCCGAAGCGCGUCGUCGUCCCGCAGACCAGAGGCAUGGCUCGACCGCGGCCGCGGGAGUACAAGGCGGGGGACCUGGUGUUCGCCAAAAUGAAAGGAUACCCACACUGGCCAGCGCGGAUUGAUGAACUUCCUGAAGGAGCAGUGAAGCCUCCAGCCAACAAAUAUCCCAUCUUCUUCUUUGGGACACAUGAAACUGCCUUUCUGGGCCCCAAGGACCUGCUCCCGUACAAAGAUUACAAAGAGAAGUUUGGCAAAUCCAACAAGAGGAAAGGAUUUAACGAGGGACUGUGGGAGAUCGAGAACAACCCCGGAGUCAAGUUCACAGGGUACCAGGUGAUGCAGAGUUCAUCAGAGGCAGAGGACGCAGGAAACACAGCGGACGGCAGCAAGGAGGGAGACUCUGUGGAAGAGGAGGAGGACGCUGAGAACAUCCCGUCUGAUAAGAGCGGCUCCAAGAGGAAAAAGUCCAGCUCUGCCAAGAAGUCGAAGCAGUCGCGACUCUGUGAGGAAGACGAGAAUGACGGGAAAGAGGAAGAGCAGAAGAGCUGCUCAGACGGAGAGCAGGACAAUGACCUCCACAGCUCUGACAGUAAGAACCAGAUGAUUCUAGAGGAGCAUUAGGCAAAUGUCUGAAGACUCAGACUGUGUAGCUCAAAGACGCCUACGUCACUGUCACCUCCACCUGCUC